AUGGGGCCCCUGUCCCACAUGAGACAUUGGGCGCAGACGUGGUGCAUGUGCACGCUGGAGGGAACGGGACUCAGCUCUCACGCUGGUUCUCAGCAGAGCGGAGCUGAGUUUCUGGUGGCCCCACAGAGGUGUCCUGGCUCAGAACCCGCAGGCCAUCGAGGGGUCCUGGCUGCUGGUGACAACACUGUCUCGUGCCUGAGAGGAUGUCUGCCCCCAGGACACACAGAGGCCCGGCUGGUGGGCGGCGAGCACCCCUGCGCCGGGCGCCUGGAGGUGAGGCGGGGCCUGACCUGGGGCACCGUCUGCCACGCGGACCUGGACCUGGCCACGGCCCACGUGUUGUGCCGGGAGCUGCAGUGCGGGGUGGCGGUGUCCACGCCCAAGGGUUCCCGCUUCGGCCGGGGCUCAGGGCCGGUGUGGACGGAGGCCUUCCGCUGUGCGGGCAACGAGUCGCUGCUGUUCCACUGCCCGCGGGGAAAUGGGAGCCAGUGUGGGCCCCGCUGUGACGCAGGGCUCAGGUGCUCAGAGUUCAGGCUGGUCAAUGGCAGCAGCAGCUGUGAGGGCCGCGUGGAGCUCCAGGUGCAGGGGUCCUGGGCGCCCCUCUGUGCCACCCACUGGGACAUAGCAGACGCCACCGUCCUCUGCCACCAGCUCAACUGUGGCAACGCGGUGGCCGCACCUCGAGGAGGCCAUUUUGGGGACGGGGACGCUGCCAUCUGGCCUGACGCAUUUCACUGUGGGGGGACAGAACCCUACUUGUGGAAUUGCCCAGUAAGCACCCUGGGGGCCCCGGCCUGUGCCCCGGGAAACUCAGCCUCCGCGGUCUGCUCAGGUCUGCCCCGCGCCGUGCGGCUGAGGGAAGGACAGAGCCGCUGUGAUGGCCGCGUGGAGGUCUCCCUGGAGGGCGUGUGGGGCCGCGUCCUGGACGAUGCCUGGGACCUGCGCGGCGCGGACGUGGUGUGCCGGCAGCUCGGGUGCGGAGCGGCCGAACAAGCCUAUGACGCACCUGCCCCCAGCCGCGGGUCCGUCCAGGUGUCGCUGAGCCGCGCGCGCUGUCUGGGCACCGAGACCCGCCUGACGCAGUGCAACGUGUCCGCGACCCUGCAGGAGCCCGCGGGAACCUCGCGGGACGCCGGCGUGGUGUGCUCUGGGAGCCUCCGGGUGCGGCUGGCCGCGGGGCCGGGGCGCUGUGCGGGGCGCGUGGAGGUGCUGCGCGGGGGCGCGUGGGGCACCGUGUGUGACGACGCCUGGGACCUGCAGGACGCGCACGUGGUCUGCAGGCAGCUGGGCUGUGGCCGCGCCCUGAGCGCCCUGGGGGCCGCACACUUCGGAGCCGGGGCAGGGCGCAUCUGGCUGGACGAGCUGGGCUGCCAGGGCCACGAGUCUGCGCUGUGGCAGUGCCCGUCGGCGGGCUGGGGCCGGCACGACUGCAGCCACAAGGAGGACGCCGGCGUCCUCUGCUCAGAGUCGGUGGCUCUGAGGCUACGAGGUGGGACCUGCUGCUGUGCUGGGUGGCUGGACGUGUUCUACAAUGGGACCUGGGGCGCCGUGUGCAGCAAUGCCCUGAAGGACCUCUCCUUGUCCAUCAUCUGCAAGCAGCUGGGGUGUGGGGAGUGGGGCUGGCUGGAGAACAGGCCCUUCCCCUCUGCCGGCACCGGGACCGCCUGGGUGGACAACAUCGAGUGCCGUCCACUGCACAACUCCACCCUGUGGCAAUGCCCCUCCCAUCCGUGGCACCCGCAUUCCUGUGACCUUCGGGAGCAGGUCUGGAUUACCUGUGCAGGAUUGUCAGAGGACAGGCCACAGGCUGCUGGGGAGCCCCUCAACUGCUCCUCCUCGCUCGGCUGCCCAGAGGAGGGCGCGCUGCGCGUGCGCGGGGGCGAGGACGGCUGCUCCGGGCGCGUGGAGCUCUGGCACGCGGGCUCCUGGGGCACCGUGUGUGACGACGGCUGGGACCUGGCGGACGCGGAGGUCGUGUGCCGCCAGCUGGGCUGUGGUGGGGCCGUCGCCGCCCUGGGGGCCGCCGCCUUUGGCCCUGGCUCCGGACCCGUGUGGCUGGACGAGGUGGGGUGCCGGGGCAGCGAGGCGUCCCUGCGGGGCUGCCCUGCGGAGCGGUGGGGACGCGGAGACUGCGCGCACAAGGAGGACGCGGGCGUGCGCUGCUUGGGUUCCCCGGAGACCACUGUGCUGCCCCUGCCGCCGCUGGCCCCUCCCUUGGCCCCUCCACCUGCCUACAAGGCCUGGGCCCUGCCUGAGAUCACCUGCCUGGUCCUUGGCUCCCUCCUGGGCAUCAUCUCCCUGUUCCUGGGCACGCAGUGGUGCCGCCGCAGAGCAGCCUGCAGGGGUUGGGACAUGUCAGGCCAUCUGUCCUCAGAGGGUGUCUAUGAGGACAUCGGAGCCUUCCCCAUGGAGGAGAAAGACGAGGGACCUGCAGGAUCCGGGGACCUGGGCCUGGAGGAGGACUAUGACGAUGCGGGAGAGCCUGAGGACGGCGCUGGGGAGGAGGCGGAGGAGGCCAGGGUGCUGCUGAGCCCUGCGGGUGGGGCUCCUUUCAGCCUGGGUCCCGAAGCUGAGGCUGGGAUGGAAGACCAUGGUGGCCUCUGCCCCAGGACGUGAUGACCUGGAGCUGACAGUGGGGAUGUCAGUGUGUGGAGAGAGUGGGAUACACCAGGGAAGGCUGGGGUCUUCCUUGUCCUCACUCUCAAAACAGAUGUUAUUAAACUCUCUUUGAACUCACUCAUCCGUCAUUAAUUCGAUCCAGAAACAUUCAACAGACACCAUCAUGGUCCAGGUUCUGUUCUGGGCCCCGCUGUCUGCCUCACCUGGUCCUUUGUCUUCUCGUCUGAGGGCGACUGUGUGUGUCUCCAGUCCACAUUGUUUUCACUGUUUUACUGAGUCGGGAUGUGGGCUACUCCUCCUGGAACUCAGCCAGGUAGGGUCAGGGGUCUCCCAGUCAGGCAACCUCUUGGAUCGUUUCUUGUCUCUGCUGCCACCUGACUUCCAAGGUUAGGGGCGCAGCCUUCAGUGUGGCUCCCUGAUGAACCACCCCUGGGUUCCUGCCUUUCAUCUGCACACACAGUGCUGAGGGGGAUGGUGAGGGCUCCGCUGGGCGCUUGAGGUCAGAAUCUCCAUUUCUUACAGCUGCAUUGCUCUGAUGGGCCCUGAAGCUUUCCCUGACCAUCCUCAUUGCUGACCACACCCUCCCAGGACCUAACCCACCAACAAUCCCACCCACCCAGGAUUCCACCAUGCAGGACCCCAUCAGGCAUGCUUAGAUCUUUUCUGACUUCUUCAUCUCAGGUUUCAGCAU